AUGGGUACAUUAACCACUUUUCUAGUGCUUUCAUGUUUUCUAUCUAACUUGGCUUUAACCAUGAGUGCAGAUUCAACAAAGGAAUACAACACCGCCCUGCACCCCAUUCCAAGCUAUGUCCCAAAGAGUGGUAAGAAUGUGCUCAUGAAUAAAAUAGACUCAUGCUGGCGAACCAAAGAAGAUUGGGCUUCAAACCGGCGUGCCUUGGCUGAUUGCAAUAUUGGCUUUGGAAAAGAUUCUAUUGGAGGGAAAUUUGGUGCCAUAUACAAAGUGACUGAUCCAUCCGAUGACCCUGUAAACCCAAAACCAGGCACACUUCGUUAUGGUGCAAUCCAAACACAACCCCUUUGGAUAACUUUCGCCAAGGACAUGGUUAUCACGCUCAAGAACGAGCUUAUAAUGAAUAGCUACAAGACCAUUGAUGGGAGGGGAGCAAAAGUUGAGAUUACAAAUGGACCUUGCAUUACAAUACAAGGUGUUAGCCAUGUCAUUAUACAUGGAAUUAGCAUUCACGAUUGUAAACCAGGUGAAGCUGCUAUGGUGAGGAGCACUCCUGAACAUGUUGGCCAUCGUCAAGGCUCUACUGGAGAUGCCAUUUGUAUAUUUGCUUCCUCCAAUAUCUGGAUUGACCAUUGCUUUUUCUCUCGUUCCGCUGAUAGUCUUAUUGAUGUUAUUCAUGCAUCAACUGCUGUCACUAUCUCUAACAAUUACUUCACCCACCAUGACGAAGUGAUGCUGUUAGGACACAGCGAUGAAUAUUCCGCGGAUAGAAUAAUGAGAGUAACAGUAGCGUUCAAUCACUUUGCCAGUGGCCUCGUAGAAAGAAUGCCAAGGGUAAGAUUUGGUUAUGCUCAUGUGGUCAACAACUACUAUAAUGGGUGGCUCAUGUAUGCCAUUGGUGGUAGUGCUGAUCCUACCAUUUUUAGUGAAGGGAACUACUUUAUAGCUUCAAAUGCUACUGCUGCAAAAGAGGUUACCAAGAGGGAAAGUGGAAAUUGGAAUUAUUGGAAAUGGAGGAGUUUUCAGGAUGAAUUCUUAAAUGGUGCUUAUUUUGUGCCAUCUGGAUAUGGAAGUUGUAAUCCAUUAUAUUCACCAGCUCAAACUUUUGUCGCGGCCCCGGCAUCCUUGGUGCCUUCAUUAACUCUCAAUGCAGGUCCACUGGAGUGUGUUGUUGGAAAACCAUGUUGA